AUGGAUAUCAUAAACACUUUCCUACUCUGCUCAAUCCUCAUACUAUGCCUCCAUUUCCUUAACACCAUCUUAAUACUCAACAAGAAAAACAGGCCAAGGCUUCCUCCGGGCCCGACGGGCCUCCCGAUUCUCGGAAGCCUCCUCGCCAUCGGAAACCGGCCCCACGAGUCCCUAGCCAAGCUGGCCCAAGCCCACGGGCCCCUGAUGACCGUUAGAUUCGGAACAAAAAAAAUCGUGGUCGCCACGUCAGCGGACGUGGCGAAAGAAAUCCUCCGGACAAACGACCGGGCCUUCGUCGGGCGGCCCAGGCCCGAGGCAGUGACGGUCGGGAAAUUCCACGACACGUCGCUCGUCUGGGCCUCGGGCCUGAGCCCACACUGGAAGAAGCUCCGGCGGGUUUGCAACACCGAGCUCUUCACGACCCAAAGGCUCGACUCGCUUGUCGAUCUCCGCCACAGGAUGAUGUCUAAAAUGAUCAAACUGGCCGAACGGGCCCGGACGGCCCGUGAGGCUCUGCACGUGGAAAGUUUAGUUUUCGGGACCGUACUGAAUUUUUUAUCCAACACGGUGUUCUCGGGCGAUAUGGUCGACAUGGGGUCGUCGGGCGGGACGGGGGAGCUGCGGGAGCUGAUUGCCCGCCUCGUGGAGCUUGGGAUGAAGCCUAACGCGGCGGAUUACUUGCCCUGGCUGAGGCCUUUUGACGUGCAGGGGAUCAGGCGGGAGAUCACGCCGUUGUACGGUAGGGUGCACGAGUUGUUGUGGGAUGUCAUCGGGAGACGGGUCGGGGAGAGGGCUGGCGGGCACGCGAGGCGUGGAGAUUUCUUGGAUGUGUUGCUCCAUUAUGCCGACGCGGAGGAAAACGGUUCGAGCCAAGAGCUUACUCAUGAGAAUAUCAUGGUUUUGUUCAUGGACUUAUUUGUGGCCGGGACCCACACGACCACCAUAACGAUGGAGUGGGCCAUGGCGGAGCUCCUCCGCCACCCGCCCGUGCUCGCCAAGCUCAAACGAGAAAUUUUCGACAUCAACAUCCCGCCUGGAAAACUCGUCGAGGAACAAGACAUACCCCGUAUCUUGUACUUGGAUGCGGUAAUAAAAGAAACCUUGAGGCUCCACCCGGUGAUCCCGCUCCUCGUACCCCACCUCACGGAGGAACGGGCCAACAUCGGGCCAUACACGAUUCCCGAGGACACUGAAGUCCUCGUGAACGUGUGGUCCAUACAGAGGGACCCGGUAUAUUGGGCCGACUCGACUAGUUUUAGGCCCGAGAGGUUUGUUGGCUCGGAUGUCGACAUCCGGGGCAGGGACUGCAGGUUCCUCCCGUUCGGAACGGGCCGACGUAUCUGCCCCGGGUUGGGCCUUGCUGUGCGGAUGGUGAGUCUAAUGCUGGCUAACCUCGUGCACGGUUUCGAUUGGGAGUUGCCGGACGGGAUGAGGCCAGAGGACUUGGACAUGACGGAUGGGUUCGGACUGUUGUUGCGGAAAAUGAAGCCCCUCGUGGCCAUCCCUGUGAGUGCUAGCUCGCAGUGA